GAUGGACAUUGUGUAGGGGCUCAGGAAACUGAAAUCCCUAGGAACAGAUUAUCUAACCACUCUGACAGCCUAGGGAAUGCUUGCUGAAUAUGUUUAAGUGAACAGUGAGAGAUACACAACCUACUGCAUGAAUCAUCAUGUGAUACCAUCUCUGGAUUCUCUACCAGCUCCGACACAUUGUGGAAAGAACACUUGAACCUCCUGCCUGUUGCCGCCUUACCCAAAGCAAGAACAUGGGAAAAGAAGGCAUGAAUUUUGUAUGAAGUCCACCACUGAAGGUGAAUGGGGAUUAACACACGCAGCGUACUGUGGCAUUGAUCACAUUUUUUUUUCAUUUGAACUGCUGAUCAUCACAGAUGGAACUACUUGUACUUUACCAAACCACAAAUGUUUACCAGCAGAUUGGAAUAGGGAGGAAAGAGAUCAGCUGAUGCGGAUAUAAUUUAUUUGAAAAUAUACUAGGUGGUUGAAAUAUUCACAGGUUUCCUGCAUAGACGUAUGUGUGUAUGAAAGAUAUCUUAAAGCAAUGGUAUAGUGAUUUCAACUAGGCAGUGGUGAGAGCCACAAUAAGAACAACCACAGUGCAAAAACAAUACUGGAUUGCCAGUAAUAAUGCAUUUUUGACAAUAGAAGAAAGAUAUUGGAUUGAUAAAAAAAAAAAGAGAAUUUAAAACAGACAACAUGGCAGACCAUUCUGAGCUGGUUGCAGAAAUUCCAUUCGUGGAAAAGAUGAGCAUGCAGGAUAGGCUUAAACAUGCACGCAAACGUCGUGCAUAUCAGCUCAAGAAAUACUUCCAGUAUGACAAACACUUUGAUAAGGAGCAGACGAAGCAGCGCAGAAAAUCAUCCUCCACUUCCAAAAAGUCCAACCACAAUAAUAACACAAAGAAACGCAAAGGGAAUGGGUCCAUCUUUUUCGAGGGUCAUGUGAUGCUACUGGAGGCAGCUGCUAGGAAUGACAUUGAUGAAGUGCGGAGACUGCUGACGGCAGGUGUCAGUCCAGAUGUCACCAAUGAGGAUGGUCUCACUGCUCUUCACCAGUGUUGUAUAGAUGACUACGAGGAGAUGGCAAGACUGCUGAUUGACUUUGGUGCCAACGUCAAUGCACGUGACAGUGAGCUGUGGACACCACUGCACGCUGCCGCAACAUGCGCACACAUUCAUUUGUGUGCAUUGCUGAUACUGAAGGGAGCUGAAGUUCUGGCAGUGAAUGCAGAUGGCAAUAUGCCUUAUGAUAUUUGUGAAGAUGACAUCACUUUAGAUUACAUUGAAAAUGAAAUGGCAAAGAAAGGUAUCACCCAGGAAAUGAUAGAUGACACUCGAAUGGAUACAGAAAAGAUGAUGUUGAGGGACAUCAAACAACUGGCAGAGGAAAAGAAAGAUUUAGAGUUUGUAGAUGAAAAUGGGGCAACUCCACUUCACAUAGCGGCAGCAAAUGGCUAUGAGAGCGUAGUGGAGUUCCUGCUGGACCACCACGUGUCAGUAGAUGUCCGAGAUGUGGACGGCUGGACGCCCAUCCAUGGGGCAGCUUGCUGGGGACAGCCGGCCAUCUUGGAAAUCCUGGUACAAAACGGGGCCGACAUUGAGUCCAAGUCGAACAAUGGGGAAACUCCUUACGAUAUUUGUGAGGACCCAGAAUUCAAGCAGAGAAUCUUAGAACUAAAAGACGAAAUGGAGAACAAUAAACUAAGCAGAACCAAAGAAAUAAUGAAGAGGCGAGGCCACAAUACAAGGAGUUUGCAACAUAGUAAUAGUACUGGGUCCAUGUAUAGCUCCAAUACAUCGCUGCCCGAGAAACAUCGCAGUGCAUCUGUACGGCGCAGUAGCAUGCGGGAGAAGUCUAUGAUUUCCUGGAAAGAGGCCAAGGAAGAAGGGCGAUUUCUGGAAGCCCUGGCACAUACUCAUGACCAGAAUGGCAGUGGUGAUGCCGCAGAAACUACAGAUGCAAUACCAGUAUCAAACAUUGACGAUGUUACUAUUGCUGUCAGUGGCCACGACACUAAUGACUCCACAACAUCAUCAACCGCAGUGCACCCGGACAGUGGAGACCACGGCAGCCAUUCUAUGCAGAAACACAGCAAAAAGGAGACAGUGAUCAAUGGAGACUCUCUGUUGAAUGGAGAUUCAUCUGAGUUUUCUAAACAGGAGGACAGUGGUGAGGCUGGCUCCAAAAAACAUACUGAACAUGUGACAGAACAUGAGCACAGGAGUCAUAAAGAGAAAGAUAUUGAAAAUAAGGGCAUCAAGGCUAAAGGAGCAGACCACCACCAUCAACACUUGUCUCACAGUCAUCAGGACAGACAUAAACACAAAGAGAAAAGUGAUGAACCCGAAAAGAAAUUGGAGGUUAAGGCGCACAAUAAAGAGAAGGCCUAUGAUGAAGUGGACAGAUCACCCAGGGCGGGGCACAGGUCAAAGUCCACUGGGCAAAGGCUUCCUCAGGAAACGCCCAUAGCAAAGGUUCAGGAAGUGGCCAGAAAUUCUCCAAAGGCCUCACCUGUGAUUUCUUCCAGGUCUGGUGAUGGCACGUCAGUGCAGCCCAAGACUGGGGGACAGCCAGCCAAUCAAACACCAGCAAUUCCAAGUCCAGCCAAUCAGAGGAGGUCAAAGGCGCCGGCUGCGGAACCAAGCAGACUGUCCGUGAGCUCGGCAGGAUCAAGUGCUCAACCUCUUUCUCAAACUGGAACAUUAUCCGACCUUAAGAAAAAGAGGGCGGAAUCCCAUCAACAGAGAAUAAGUAGCUACAACCCAGAGACGGGGGAGAUGCACCUAGGUGUCACUAAUGCCAAUUCCAAUAAAUAUGAACUGCCAGAGAAUGGCCACAACAGUAAUUCCGGCAAUUCUAAGGAGCCUAGCUUGGACUACUAUUACCCACCUGGAGAGCAGAUGAAAAGGUUCCGUGCACAGGGACCACAUGAGAUAAUAGGAGGUGAUGACAAUAAAGAAGGUUGUUGUGUUAUACUAUGAAAAAUCCAUUUAAUUAUGAUGAAAAGUUUUUAUAGCAACACUGUAGGUGUGAUGUAGUUGUAAGUCACAUUGAAGUUCAAAUGGUUUAUAAAUUAAAAUUACCAUAAAAAGAAUUUUUGCAUUUGAUUGUUGGGUUCUAACACUGGUAUCAAGAAGUUUUGCCAGUUGUAAGCUACUUAAAGAAUUCUAUGUCUGGAGUGACUGGAGAUUUGCUGUGUCCAGAUGACACAAUGUGAUUAUUACUCAAAAAUGGGGAUAUAAUGACGCUGGGAGUCAUUCGUUAGGUUGUGUUCUGUGAAAUGUUUAAAUAUGUUUUCUUAUACAGUCCAUACAUGGGAUAUUUUAUUGUCCUGCCAAGGAUUAUAGCCCCUGAAGUAAAAUUGAUUCAGAAACAAGUGAUCAUAUUGUUAUUAUACAGUAUAUACUUAACUAUAUACAAACGGUUCCAGCUAGCAUUUGUAUUUUGUAUAUAAGUGAAAAAUAUAAUGUAAAUUUCAGUAUGUUUGCUUAUAGAUGGUUUACCUAAGACAUAAACUGAAUCCACUUUGUUGUAUAUAAAGUUCAGGUGAUGACAGACUGGGACAUGUACUGGCAGUUUUUGUUGUCUUCCUUUGUAUUCAACCCAUGUCUCUGAGUUUGAAAAAAGACGACUGCUGUUUUGAUGGUGAGCGUUUGAUUGUUUUGCACGCCACAAGUUUAGGUGCUGUUCCUGUGAGAUUUUGGUUGUGAUUUAGAGACCAUUCCCAUAACCCUAUUGUACUAGCAUGAUCGAUCCAUUUCCAAGGGGAUUCUCGUUAAAUUGCUAUAGUUUAAGCGUGCACUAAAGUUAAUUACCACCCCCCCCCCCCCCCAGCAGUUUCAGUGGGCAUUACAGACAGUUCAGCCACUUAAAUUUAGCCAGAAUCCCCUUGGAGUUAGACUGAUCCUGCUAGUAUGAUAGGGUUAUGGGAACCCGGUCAUAGAAAAUUAAUGCAGUUAGCUGCAUGUCAUCACCUCUAGGCAGGUUUCCAGUUGAGAUAGGCCAACUUUAAUCGGCACAAUCUACCAACAUCCCAUCCCAGCAGGCCAUCCACUUGCACAUAGUUCAUAGUAGGAAGAAAAUUAGAGGUAAGGUUGCUCUGUAAAACAGGCCUGUAGCCAGCAAUUUCAAAAGGGGAGUUCUUUUUUCUGAAAAAAUGGACCUUUUACCAUGAAACCUUC